GUAUCCAAUCCCAAGCCUGUGGUCCCCAACUGGACCAAUGACAAGAGAGGACACUACCGCGAUCAGGAUGGGGCGGAGCCAGACCCUGACCUACUGACUGAGGCAGGGCAAGACAACAGCACCAAAAUAGAAGACAUGGACCACAGCUACUACACGUCCAAGAUCUACAGCCCAGCAGACGCGGCGGGCAGGGAUCUGUGGGUGGACAUGCUGGACAUGGACCAGGGCAGAGGGAAGGUCCACGGGGUGCUGUCCAGCACACACAGACAGGCGGCGAGAGUGAAGCUAUCCUUCGAUUUUCCUUUCUAUGGACACAUACUACGAGAAAUCACAGUGGCAACUGGAGGUUUCAUCUAUACUGGUGAUGUCAUCCACAAAAUGCUGACCGCCACACAGUACAUCGCCCCCCUCAUGGCUAACUUCGACCCCAGCCUCUCAACCAACUCCACCGUCUUCUACCUUGACAAUGGCACAGCGCUGGUGGUGCAGUGGGACCGUGUUCACCUCCAGGACGGUUUCAGCCUGGGGACCUUCACCUUUCAGACCACUCUCCACCAGGAUGGCAGAAUCAUCUUUGCCUACAGAGAGGUUCCCAUAGACAUCAGUGGAAUCAGUGCUGUGAAUCACCCGGUCAAAGUGGGCCUGUCAGAUGCCUUUGUGGUGCUCCAUGAGAUCGAGCAGCUCCCUAAUGUUCGCAGAAGAACCAUCUACGAGUAUCACAAAGUAGACAUCCUGAAGUCUAAGAUCUCCAACUCUACUGCAGUGGAGAUGCUGCCUCACCCCACCUGUCUCCAGUUCUCAAGCUGUGGUUCGUGCCUUACAUCUCAGAUUGGUUUUAACUGCUCCUGGUGUCGUCGCCUACAGAGAUGCUCCAGUGGGUUUGACAGGAACCGCCAGGAGUGGGUCGACCAGGGCUGUCUAGAGGAGAGAAAGAACCAGAUCUGUGUCCAGGCGGUGAACAUAACGCUCCGCGCAUCUCAUAGCCUCGCCGUGACAACCACUCCCGUUGCCACCACAACGGUGGAGCAACGGACCACAACCUCUGUCCCCGUGACGACGAUUGCCACCACUACCACCACCGCUAAAAUCACAACCACUUCGACCUCCUCCCCUCCUCCCCCCUUCACCAGCAGUCCUACAGGGGAUGAAACAAAGCUUUCCCAGCACACACCAGAGGAACUACAGGAGGAGGAGAGCGCUGAGGAGCAGAGUAACGUCAGGUUACAAACUGGUCUCCUGGUGGGCAUCGUCUUGGUAAUGAUUGCCAUGGCAGCGGCUGUCCUGAUGACCAUCUACAUGUACAACCACCCCACCUCCACCAUCAGCCUCUUCUUCAUAGAGAGGAGGCCCACCCGCUGGCCGGUGAUGAAGUUCCGUCGGGGGUCUGGGAACCCCUCGUAUGCAGAGGUGGAGGCGUUGGGCCAGGAGGUGGAGGCUGUGGGCCAGGAGAAGGGCAGCAUGGUGGUCAUCGACCCCAGACAGGCCUUCAUCAUAACAGACCGCCGAGAGAGCUACCCCUUGACUGACCACAGGGACGGCUUCAUUGUCCCCGAUCAGAGGGAGUGUUUCCUGGUUACCAACCAGUGCUGACAGCAACAGGAACUACAGUUCCCAAGAGGCUCUGUGGUAACUAGAACUGGUGCACUACGAUACAAAAAUAACCGGAUGCAAACUAAGAGGAUUGACGCAGAACAUUUAUACAGCAUAGCAGGAUGACUUUGGGAUGACUUUGGGGGAAAAUCUGAAUAUAACUGUGAUUUUUUUACUUUCAUCUAAAAGAUGCAACACUGACAAUUAACAUACCAUAUAAAGUGUCAGCUUGGGUCCCUGUUGAAGCUUAACCAUCACUCUAAACCACCCAGUUUAGACACUACCUCAUCCUCAGUUUGAUGGUCCUCGUUUGAAUCUAUCGUCCCCUAUCUGGGCUCCUGCUUGCCUGUCUUCGAAGCCUUCACAGGACAGUUUGUCAUGUAGAUCUCGGUGACUGACUUGUGUGCAAAUCUGCUUUUAUAUGCUGUAAUUUAAUCAACAGAUGUGUGUAAUGAUGCACAGGCCUUUUUA